AUCAAAAACAUUAGCGGCUUCAAUUACUUUAGUCUUCCUUCCUCAAUCUUGAACCUUCUCUUUCUAUCUUCUUAUUCUCCAAGUUCAGUCACCGUUUCAAAUCAUAUCCCCAAUUUUAAUUAGGGUUCUUCUUUCUCCCUUCUUCUCAAUUACUCCAAUUUCCUCUCUCUUCAAAGUCUGAAAGCACAAUUAUUUUCUUCACGAACUCCAUAACCAAAUUGAGUUGAUGUUCAUGGCAAGAUCUUCAUCUGGCAGCAAAAAUGGCAUUAGAAUUGUUGUUGCUGGUGACCGUGGAACUGGAAAAUCCAGCUUAAUUGUUACCGCCAUUUCCGAAACUUUUCCCACGAAUGUUCCUCCGAUUUUGCCGCCAUCUCGUCUUCCUGACGACAUGUUUCCUGAUCGUGUUCCUAUUACUAUCAUUGAUACUUCCUCUAGUGUUGAGCAGAGGAACAAAGUUGGAGAGGAGAUGAAACGUGCUGAUGCUGUUGUGCUUACUUACGCAUGUGAUCGUCCUGAGACUCUUGAUCGUUUGAGUACUUAUUGGCUUCCUGAGCUUCGCCGAUUAGAGGUGAAAGUUCCUGUUAUCGUUGUGGGUUGCAAGUUAGAUUUGAGGGAUGAGCAACAACAAGCUAGCUUGGAGCAAGUGAUGUCUCCAAUUAUGCAACAAUUUCGUGAGAUUGAGACUUGCAUAGAAUGUUCUGCAUCCAGACAUAUACAGAUCCCAGAGGUUUUUUACUAUGCCCAAAAAGCUGUACUUCAUCCUACAGCACCGUUAUUUGAUCAAGAGACUCAAACAUUGAGGCCUCAAUGUGUCAGGGCACUGAAACGCAUAUUUAUAUUGUGUGACCAUGACAAGGACGGCGCUUUAAGCGAUGCAGAAUUGAAUGAUUUCCAGGUUAAAUGCUUCAACGCUCCUCUCCAACCAUCUGAAAUAACAGGAGUAAAGAGGGUUGUGCAAGAAAAAUUACCUGAAGGAGUGAAUGAACGUGGUUGUCUCACUUUGAGAGGAUUUCUAUUUCUUCAUGCCCUUUUCAUUGAAAAAGGGAGGCUGGAGACAACAUGGACUGUCUUGCGGAAGUUUGGAUAUAAUAAUGAAAUUAGGCUUGAUGAGGAUUUUCUUCCACCAUCAUUCAAACGAGCGCCUGACCAGGGUGUGGAACUAACAACGGAAGCUGUUGAAUUCUUGAAAGGAAUCUUUAGUAUGUUUGACAAUGAUAAUGAUGGGGCUAUCCACCCUGCAGCUGUGGAUGAUCUUUUUUCUACAGCACCAGAUUGUCCUUGGAAUGAAGUUCCAUACAAGGAUGCUGCACCAACAACUGCAUUGGGAGGUUUGACAAUGGAUGGGUUUUUAUCCAAGUGGGCCCUCAUGACUCAUCUUGAGCCAGCAAAGAGUGUGGAGUAUCUGAAGUAUAUUAUGUAUAGUGGAGAUGCUGCUUCUGCUAUUCGUCUAACUAGAAGGAGACGUACAGAUCGUAAGAAGCGUCAAUCUGAGAGGAAUGUCUACCAAUGUUAUGUCUUUGGACCAAAAAAGGCCGGUAAAUCAGCAUUGUUGGAUGCUUUUUUGGGAAGGCCCUUCUCUGAUAGCUAUGGUGCAAAUAUCGAAGAGCGAUACGUUGUUAAUGUUGUAGAAGGGCCCUCGGGAAGCAAGAAGUUCCUCAUUUUGAGAGAGAUACCUGAAGAUAAAGUGAAGAGCAUACUUUCUGCAAAGGAUUCUUUAGCUGCUUGUGAUGUAGCAGUUUUUGUAUAUGACAGUUCUGAUGAACUAUCGUGGAAGAAGACUGCUGAACUGCUGUUGGAAGUUGCUGGACAUGGAGAAGAUACUGGGUACGAGGUGCCUUCUCUUAUUGUCGCUGGUAAAGAUGAUUUGGAUCCAUAUCCUAUGGCUAUUCAUGACUCUACUCGGGUUAGCCAAGAUAUGGGUAUUGAUGCCCCGGUGCCUAUCAGUGCCAAAUUAGGGGACUUCAACAACAUAUUCCGUAGAGUUGUGGGUUCGGCAGAGAAUCCUCAUUUGAGCAUUCCUGAGACUGAAGUCGGAAGAAGCAGAAAACAAUAUCACCGUCUUGUCAAAAGCUCUGUUACUGUUGUUUCAGUUGGAGCUGUUGUUGCCCUUGCUGGAUUAGCGGCUUACCGAAUUUACGCAGCAAGGAGAAAUUCCAACUGAGCAAAUAGAUAUGAAAAUCCAUUUCAUGUCAUAUUUUUCCCUCCUUACCAUAUUUGUGCCCGCGUAUGGGUGCCUUAUAUCUGACAUUUGUAGACCACCCAUUUUAUAGUAGGUGAAAAUCUUAUCUAUAGGCUUUCAAUUUCUACAUUUUGGAUGCUGGGUUUUAUGGUAGUGUAUAGUUGCUCUAAAUGCCAAAUGGGUACUGGUUUGGUGCACAAUCAGUGCAAUAAAAUUUUUGCCAAAAGAUGUUAUUUUGCAUUGUUAAGUAGAGAAAUGCUUUUGAUUUGAUGACAUUUUGUAUUGCCAUGGCAAUGGGUUUUUAAUGUUCAAUUAUUAGACGCAAUUUUUGAUGGAA